AUGGAGAACAUCCAGAGAGUACUUGUCGACCAUCGAAUGCUUCUCGACACUGGUGAUCACAUGAAAUACCAAAGAACGUUUCAGCGGUCACCGUUGUGCCCAAAUAUUCCAUCGACAAGGCCAUCUAAUCUAGCAAUGGGCUCGUUGUAUAGGAGCGAGCCGAUGAAGCUCUGCGAAAUGAUCUUAGUCAAGGAUGCCGCUUACAAUUGUGUUGGAGAAUUAGGAAAGUAUGGCAACGUUCAGUUCAAUGAUUUAAAUGCAAAUAAAAACAUUUUUCAACGGACAUUUGUCAGAGAGGUACGGCGUUGCGAGGAACUUGAGAGAAAACUAAGGUUCUUAGAGCGGCAAGUAGUGGAGUGUGUUCAGGGAAUUGAGCUUCUGCGGAUUGAUGCGACCAUCAUUGAGACGCCAUCACACUACGAAAUAAAUCACCUAGAGACCGAGUUGAGUGAACUAGAGCGGGACUUUGUCGAAUUGAACAAGAACGAUAGCUACAUCAGGAAAAACUUGAAUGAAAUGAGAGAAUUCGAAUAUGUCUUGCAACGAGUUGAGCAGUUUUUUGAAGUGCAGGAUGGACUGCCAAAAUCUGUCAGCUCUGGUGGUCUUAUUUGCAGUCAGAAUGAUGUUCCUCUCACUCCCUUGCUAAAUGAUGAGAAAGGUGAUAAUGCAUGGUUUGUGGCUGGAGUUAUUCCGUUAGAUAAGAAGAACACCUUUGAGAGAAUUCUCUGGAGAGCCUGUAGACGAACCGCGUUUGUUCGAAUGAGCGACAUCACUCUCACCUUAGAAGAUCCUGUGACACUUGCACCUAUUGUAAAAUGUGUUUUUAUCGUGUUUUUUAAAGGAGAGAGUCUUAAGUUGAUAAUCGACAAGGUCUGCGAUGGGUUCAACGCAAGGCAGUACCCGUGUCCAAAGACGUCGAAAGAACGACAGUCUGCGCUGUUCGAAACAAUUGCUCGAAUUCACGAUCUUAAGAUUGUCAUUGACAGUACUCAGAAGCAUCGUUUCGAAAUUCUGACAGAGGUCGCUAAAGAUCUUCCAUUGUGGUUUAAGAAAGUUCACCUCCAAAAAGCGAUCUACAGCACUCUCAAUAUGUUUACGGUUGACACUAAUGGCUUUUUGGCUGCUCAGUGUUGGAUUCCUGAAAACGAAAUGGACACCGUUCAUUUUGCUUUGCUUGAAGGAAUAAAAGCCAGUGGUUGUGAUGUGUCUCCGAUAUUGAAUGUGAUAACUCCGUUGACCAGUCCACCGACAUAUCAUCGCACCAACAAGUUUACAUCCGUUUUUCAGUCGAUAGUGUUCAACACGUUCUUUGGGGGUCGAUAUAUUAUUGUCUUAAUGGGGCUAUUUUCUAUCUACACAGGUGCUCUAUAUAAUGAUGCAUUUGCAAAAUCGUUUAACGUUUUCGGAAGCUCUUGGGUAAAUCCUUACAAUCGGUCUCAAAUCGCUUCUUGGAUCCAUCCGAAAUCCGACCUUCGAGAACUGAAGCUCACCACAGUGACCCUGGAUCCAGCCGUAGCCUAUAUGAAAGACCGUGGUCCGUAUCCAUUUGGAGUCGAUCCGAUUUGGAACAUUGCUGACAACCGACUUGCUUUCUUGAAUUCUAUGAAGAUGAAGAUCUCUGUCAUAAUUGGAGUGCUUCAAAUGACAUUCGGUGUAUUCCUAUCACUUCUAAAUCAUAUAUUUUUCAAUUCCAAGGUGGACGUGCUCACAAACUUCAUUCCUCAAAUGGUUUUCCUUGGUUGUAUUUUUAUAUACCUUUGUGUGCAGAUGGUAGCUAAGUGGCUGCUCUUUUCAGUUGGGAAAGGGUCUAUACUCGGGAUGGAUUACCCGGGAUCCUAUUGCGCUCCUUCAUUAUUGAUAGGACUUAUUAAUAUGCUUAUGCUCAAGGAACGGCCCGUGGGAUAUAUGACUGAACAGAACGGAACUACUCAUCAUCAAACGUGCUACCUGAAUCAGUGGUAUCCUGACCAGGAUGAUUCCGAACACCUUGUGGCCAUUGACCGCUACCUAAGGGAGCACUCAUUGUUGGACGAAUUUGUACAUCAAGCAAUUCAUACAAUCGAAUUUGUAUUGGGAUGUGUUUCCCAUACCGCUUCGUACCUCCGCUUAUGGGCUCUCAGUCUAGCGCAUGCGCAGUUAUCUGAGGUGUUAUGGCAUAUGGUCUUAAUUCGUGGUCUGUCAACACAAGGGAGUCUCUUCACGACUUCAUUGAUUACUUAUGUGAUCUUCUUCUUCUUUGCGGUGAUGUCGUUUUCCAUUCUGGUGAUGAUGGAAGGAUUGUCAGCUUUCCUACAUGCCUUAAGAUUGCACUGGGUUGAAUUCCAGUCAAAGUUUUAUCAAGGAUAUGGACACGCAUUCCGUCCCUUUUCAUUGCACGAUUGUUUAGAAACAGCACAGCAUCUGCCUGAGAUAGCCGAAGACCUUUAA